CUGCUCUUCCUUGCUUCUCUUUCCACUCCAACGACAUGCAUCAAACUCCGCAAAGCAGAGUUCAACGUUUUGAUAUCCUCAAGAAAAUCGCUCAUCCUGUUCACAGCAGACGGCUGUAAGGAAUGCGAUCGAGUACAAGGGUUGCUGGACAAUGUAUCCUCGGUACUCACCAAAACAGCCAUUGCCUCAGUCAAUUGCAACGAGGAGCCGUCUGCCUGUGAUGAUGCACAGGUCUUCACCGUCCCUACGUUGAAGUAUACAACAGGCGACGGCAAUUUGAUUACGUACAAGGAAGCUUUGGAUGCGUCUUCAGUUGUCAAGUAUAUCGAAAGACAAUCUGGUUCUCCAGUCACGGACUUGACUGGUAAAGGUCACAUUGAUUUCGCGACUCCAGCCCGAGUGGCGGUCGUUGCAUUUCUUGGCUCAUCAGACCGCCAACAAGACCGCAAGAAUUUCAACAACGUUGCUGAGCGGUGGCGGGCGCAUUACAGCUUCGGUUCUGUUGAUGCUUUAGACGGACACAGUACGCAACCUUCCAUCGCUGUUUAUACACAGGAGGAAGACGAUCCUGUCUACUACCGCGGGCCCUUCAACGUGGACGAUAUCAACGCUUUCUUGCAAAAUGCAACUACACCUCUGAUCCGCGAACAUGAUCCAGUGAUCUAUGAACAUGCCAUUGCAGAUGGGAAACCACUGGCUCAAAUCUUCUUCAGUAAGCGUGAAGAAAGGGUUGAGCUUGUCAAGUCUUUGAUUCCUCUUGCCAAAAAGUACCAGGAUCAAAUGACAUUUCUGAAAGUCUUUGCCCCGGAUUACCCUGCAAGAUGUAAGCAGAUGCAUCUAAGCAAUGAUGUCAAGCUUGGGUUCGCUAUUGCAGAUCCCCAAGGAAGGGCGUAUCCGAUGUCGACAUCGGCUUGCAAUGCCAACAGGAUUGCCAAGCACAUAUCUGCAUUCUUGGAAGGGACAUUAACGCCGACGAUCAAAUCCGAGCCAGUGCCUGCUUCCCAGCCCUUCUUGACCACGUUGGUUGGCAGCAACUUUGACGAGUUCGUCUAUGACAAGGCCCGAGAUGUCCUCGUUGAGUUCUACGUCCCGUGGUGUGAAUACUGCACAGAGCUUCAUAGGCAUAUGAAAGAGCUUGGAUCCAGAUACUCAAAGUUGGGCCUUUCUAAGCAGGUUUCUAUAGCUGUGAUCAACGUCGAUGCUAAUGAUGUGCCGAUUGAGAUUGACUCGUAUCCGUCCAUUAGGUUGUAUCGCGCUGGC